CGAUCAAAGGACAAUGACUUGGUGACAAAUCCUGAAUACUCGCUAGUUGGACUGAUAUAAAGUGAUAGCCUAUAGGAGGGACCAUGGCAACAACAGCACUGACCGGGUUCUCUAUGAUGAGCCUGCUCAGCCUCGGAUACCUGACCUGGGACCUGAUGGGUCCUAACCAGGUGGAAAACGAGCCCGACCGAACUUUUGUCGACAGUUCUCCUGUGCCUCAGCGCCCUCACAUCAUUUUCAUCAUGACAGACGAUCAGGGAUUCAACGACAUCGGCUACCACGGCUCUGACAUCAGGACACCGGCGCUGGACAAGCUGGCUGCGGACGGAGUGAAGCUGGAGAAUUAUUACAUUCAGCCAAUCUGCACCCCGUCCCGCAGUCAGCUCAUCACUGGCAGGUACCAAAUUCACACCGGUCUGCAGCACUCCAUCAUCCGGCCCCGCCAGCCCAACUGCCUCCCCUUUGACCAGGUCACCCUCCCCCAGAGACUGCAGGAGCUUGGCUAUUCCACCCACAUGGUCGGCAAGUGGCACCUGGGCUUCUAUAAGAAGGAUUGCCUGCCCACUCGCCGUGGCUUCGACACAUACUUUGGCUCCCUGACGGGCAGUGUGAAUUACUACACCUAUGACUCCUGUGACGGCCCUGGGCGGUGUGGCUUCGAUCUCCAUGAGGGGGAGUCGGUCGCCUGGGGUCAGAGGGGCAAAUACUCCACCCAUCUCUACACACAGAGGGUCCGCAAGAUCCUGGCAACCCAUGAUCCUCAGUCCCAGCCACUGUUCAUCUACCUCUCCUUCCAAGCUGUUCACACGCCCCUGCAGUCUCCGCGGGAGUACAUCUACCCGUACCGUGGGCUGGAAAACGUGGCGCGCAGGAAAUACGCUGCUAUGGUCACAGCUGUAGACGAGGCAGUACGAAAUAUAACAUACGCUCUUCGCAAGUAUGGUUACUACCAGAACAGUGUCAUCGUCUUCUCUACUGACAACGGAGGCCAGCCUUUGUCUGGUGGCAGUAACUGGCCGCUCAGAGGACGUAAAGGCACCUACUGGGAAGGCGGCAUCCGGGGUUUGGGGUUCGUCCACAGCCCUCUGUUGAGGAGGAAGAGGAGAGUGAGUAAAGCCCUGGUUCACAUCACUGACUGGUACCCUACACUGGUGGGAUUAGCAGGUGGAAAUGAGUCCCUGACUGAGGGGGUGGACGGUUAUGAUGUAUGGGAAGCCAUCAGUGAGGGGAAGGAGUCGCCCAGGUUGGAGAUUCUCCACAAUAUUGACCCUCUGUAUAACCAUGCACGCAGUGGCUCACUACAAAAAGGAUAUGGGAUUUGGGAUACAGCCGUGCAGGCCUCUAUACGAGCUGGAGACUGGAAACUCCUAACAGGAGACCCCGGCUACGGAGACUGGACACCGCCACAGAUGCUUCCAGGUUUCCCCGGCGGCUGGUGGAACCUGGAGCGCCACACCGAACCACGGAAAUCUGUGUGGCUUUUCAACGUCUCCGGAGACCCCUACGAACGUGUUGACCUCUCUGAGCAGAGACCAGAUGUUGUCAAAGACCUGCUGGCUAGAUUGGUGUACUACAAUCGCACUGCAGUGCCAGUAAGGUACCCAUCAGAGGACCUACGGGCUGACCCCCACCUGAAUGGAGGUGCCUGGGUGUCCUGGGUAGGAGAUGAGGAGGAGGACAGCUGGGACAGUGUCUACCAGAAAAAGAACAAGGAUUGGAAGAAGAAGCUUAAACUGUCCAAAAGCAGUUUGUUUUUCAGGAGACUCAACACUAGGAUCAUGUCCAACAGGAUAUAGGAUUUGUUUUUGUUGAAGAAGGAACCAUGUUUCUGCAGGAUCCAGCUGCAGUUACCGAGAUGUAUCUGCAUGUUUAUGUUCAGUCUCUCUAGAGGAACUGAUGAAUGAUAAAAGUCCAAUGAAAGUAAUAAUUGUUCAACUGGUUUACAUCAAUGUGAAUAAAAAUGUGUGC